AGGAUCGGAGAGUUUUGAUGCUUCGGGAGAGUGGUCUGUCUGUCAGGAGCGCCGCAGAAGUUAUUUUUUCAACCGAGUUUUAAAGGAAAAGUAUUGGAAUAGACAGAAAGGAAUGGAUUUCUCGAUAUCCCACCUCUGCUCUGUAUUGAUUAUUCUCAUUGCAGGUGUAGCCCAUUGCCUGGAGAUCACGUCCCAGGGGCCCACGUCCAUAGAGAAGGCCAGCAGUGAUAGUGUCAAGCUGGACUGCCAGUUCUCUCUGGCCCCCGAGGACUCUGGCCCCCUGGACAUCGAAUGGAGCCUGCUGGCCUCUGACAACCAGAAAGAGGAUAAAGUGGUGAUCCUAUACUCUGGGGACAGGGCCUAUGAGGACUACUACCCUGCAGUGAAGGGGCGAGCCCACUUCAACUCAGCCGACCCGAAGAAUGGUGACGCUUCCAUCAACUUGACGGGUCUGAAGUCUAGCGACACUGGAACCUACCAGUGCAAGGUGAAGAAGGCCCCGGGCAUCCGCAGCAGGAAGAUGCUGCUGACUGUCAUGGUGAGGCCGUCCAAGCCCAGAUGCUCUGCCGACGGCCCCACCCUGGAGGGUACGGAUGUGGUCCUGAGGUGCACGUCCAGUGAGGGGACCAACCCCCUGCAGUACACCUGGGAGAAGACCAGCGACAACAAACUGCUGCCUGCCUCCGCCGUGCUAGACCCUGUGGGAGGCACCAUGAAUGUAAGGAACGCGUCCACCAGCUCCUCAGGAACCUACCGCUGCACAGCUAAGAACCACGUGGGCAUGGAGGAGUGUAUUCUACAGCUUGGCAUCACUCCCCCCCCCAACACUGCUGGUAUCAUAGCUGGAGCCAUCAUCGCUGUUCUGCUGGCCCUCAUCAUCAUCGCCAUCAUCCUCUUCUGCUGCUGCCGUGCCCGCAACAGGAAGAAGUACGAGAAGGAGAUCUCCUACGAGAUCAGAGAGGACGUCCCCCCUCCGAAGAGCCGCGUAUCGACGGCCCGCUCCUUCACCAGCGUGGGCAGCCAGCGCUCCUCCCUGGGCUCCAUGUCCCCCUCCAACCUACACGAGUACGCCGUCAAGCCCCAGUACGACAAAAUCCCCUCCGUGGAGGAGUAUGAGAGGCCCCCCAGCCACGCACCCCUGCCCCCACCCGUCGCCAGCAAGAUGGCCGGCCCCAACCUCAGCCGCAUGGGCGCCAUCGCCGUCAUGAUCCCCGCCCAGAACAGGGACGGCUCCAUUGUCUAGUGGAAAGAAACAGAAAGAUGGAGGGAAAGACCGGGGGACACUAGCCAGAGAGGUGGGGUGGCUUGGCUGGGCGACUGUGCUGGGCCUCUACCACUCACCACCAACUGGGACCCCCACUCUGCUUUAUGGAGGUUUGGGUGUGGUGUUGUACUGAGGAGAAAAGAGAAGCAGUAUUGUACCAUGUCACCCACUAUGAACUAUUUACUGUUGACAAAAAACAGAUGCUUUUAUGUAUUUUACUUCCUGAACUUUCUCACACAUGACAAUUAUGAAUUCAAGGCUGGGUACAUUUUAAUGGCAAUUCACACAGGUUUCUUUGUACAUAGUUGAAUGCAUGAUGUUUUUUAAAUCUAGCCGGCCCUGUGCAUAGAGAGGUGUGUUCAGAGCGGACCAAGGUCUCUGAUUGGCCUGUUGUGUACCAUGUAGAGUAUGACAGCUUGACGUGUAUGUUUCUGGGAAAUGUACAGUUCUACUCUACUUUCUUUGGAUGAAAUACUCACGGAGUGGACAUGUUUGAUCAAUUCACUUCUGAAACACACAGCUUAUCUCAAGAAUAGGGGUUGCCGAAGGGAUUUUAGAGUUCUGCUUUUCAAAAUAAUGAUUUGUCAAGUAGUUACCUUUUUAAAGAUGUUCAUUCCACUGGUUGGACUGUGGCUGAUGUCAUGGCCAUGUUUGCCAGCCCUGAGAGAAAUUGGGUCAGCUGGUUAUUUCGACAGUUGACCGUUUUGAAAUGUCCAGCUUGGUCUGGAGGGGACGCGUGGACAGGGUUGGCCAAUGACACGGAAGGGGGAGUUCAGACCUCCACAUGUUGUGAUUAGUGUAUUGUAUCUUUGCCGGGUUUACAGCCCACUCCUCAAAUUCCUACAACAGGCAGUGUUUUGGGAGGUGCGGGGUGAGGUUCACUGAACAAUCUGAUUUGAUUGUGUUUGACUGCCACCAGCACCUCUCACCCCGCCAGUACACCCCUUCCUAUCCCCUACACUGUAUGGUAUUAUUAACCCGCUCUGGUGUUUAACCAUCAAACCCCUGAACAAAAUGGUACAUUUGUAACUGCACACUCAGGAUUCAAUAUCUCGAUGAAACAACUUUCUCAAUGGUCAUAUGAAGUCAAAAAUGUUUAGUGGUUCAUUCAUGCACCUCUAUUCAUGAAGGAUAAAGGAAGGAUGAAGUAUGUACAGUAUAGUAAUUUACAUGAUAUAUGGAAGGAAGUGAGUGUUGAGGGGAAGAAGAAGAUAUUAGAAUACUGAGCCACGGGUGUUAGGUGUCUGCUGCACCAACAGCACAGUAACUCUGUUUUCCAGGGUGUCUAUAAUGCACCCAUGCUCUCUAACUCUGUCACAGCCCCCCAGUCAGUGCUUCUGCUCAGCCCAGAUGGAGUGUUUCUGUGACAUCAGUGUUCUUGUGCCUUGUCUGUACUGACUUGUAUCACAUACACACACUGUUACAGCCUGUACAGGCGUGUGUGUGUGUGUGUGUGUGUGUGUGUGUGUGUGUGUGUGUGUGUGUGUGUGUGUGUGUGUGUGUGUGUGUGUGUGUGUGUGUGUGUGUGUGUGUGUGUGUGUGUGUGUGUGUGUGUGUGUGUGUGUGUGUGUGUGUGUGUGUGUGUGUGUGUGUGCGCCCAGGCUGGGCUCUAGUCUUCUACCGUUGCUAUGCACUGUACAUGUAUGUUUUGUAGCCAGCUGUUGUUGUAUGAUACAUUAUUCAAUAGUUGGCUACAGAACAUGCAGUAUGUCUGUAGUACGAGACCCACAUCGGCAUGACAACUAGUCCACUUUUCCCGGUUGUGGAUCCUGUGUAAAUCCACAUCUACAGAGUGGAGGCUUUACUUCCCCAUCCGAAAUGGGUUCUUUUCAUUUACAUUGGCUCUAUAUUCAAACAUUAGCAAUGUAAACAACAACAACAAAAACAGUUGACUCAGUUGUUACUUCUUUUUUAGUUUGAAAUGCAUUAUUUGAGUUUUCUUUUUUUGUAUGAUGAUGAAGGCUUUGUUUGUAUGUGUAAAUAUAUAUCUCUAGAACUAAUCCCACCACACUUCCUCUAAUGCCCUGUAUGUAUGAUGAUGAAGGCUUUGUUUGUAUGUGUAAAUAUAUAUCUCUAGAACUAAUCCCACCACACUUCCUCUAAUGCCCUGUAUGUAUGAUGAUGAAGGCUUUGUUUGUAUGUGUAAAUAUAUAUCUCUGGAACUAAUCCCACCACACUUCCUCUAAUGCCCUGUAUGUAUGAUGAUGAAGGCUUUGUUUGUAUGUGUAAAUAUAUAUCUCUGGAACUAAUCCCACCACACUUCCUCUAAUGCCCUGUAUGUAUGAUGAUGCUCUGCCGUGCUUUGCUUGGUUAAUGUGUGUCUAAAACAUGAUCGAUGGGUCUUGUAAAUAACAGUGGAGGGUGAAAGCCCACUAAUGUUAAUGCAGGUGGGCACCACUGGAAUUCUACUGCAGCCAUGUUUCAAUAUCCACAUUAGCGUAUUAAUUCUGAUGAAGCAAUAGCAUGCAUUGUAGAUAGUAUACUAGUAUGGUUAAUGAAACACACACAGACUGUGUGUGUAUGAAAUAGAAAGUAGUAGAUUUGAGGUGGAGGAGACCGGUGAAGACUUCUCAGAGUUGUGUCCUAACGCCUCUCCGUGUUGUGGCAGGUGUAACCUCACACACGGGGACAGGAGCCACAUCCGAGACAGGACGUAACGUGAAACCCACCCCGUACAUUACCCCGAAGUGAAAAACCUGUCAGCUCUCUCGAAGCCCAGGGAACUGUGUGUUGGUGUGUGUCUUUACUGUCUGGAUUUGUCCCCAAUAUAGUAUUUUAGUAGACCCCCAACUGCUGACAAACUACAGAGCCAUUAGGGAGGUAGUCAUGUUGUACAGUUCCUCUCAACUCAGAAAACAAGGAAGUACUACUAACAUGGUGUUAACUGUAGCUUUUAAAACUAGUGUACUAAUAUUGGUUGAAGAUUUUUAUUUGGUGGUUUGUUUGCACAUUGUGUGAUCAUACCUGGUUUUAUUUUUGUGCGUGUAAUUUUUUGUGCUGUAUUUUUAAAUAAUAAAGGACACAAAAUGAAAGAAA